ACUUGUAAUUGUUCACCACACCUCGAGAGCUCAGGAGUGAUCCCAACACCAUAAAUAAGAAUUACAUAGCGUACAGGUUAUCAAUAAUAAACCCUAUUGACACUAUACACGAUGUCGGAUUCAGAACACACCCCAAUGCCCGAGGAAGACACUAUGCAAGAUCUUUUUGGCUCCGAUGACGAUGAUGAUGACAAUAGUAAUGAUCACCCGCAAAACAGCCAAAGCCAAAGCUAUAGCCAAGAGCGUCAGGCUCAGCAUAAUGCCAGAGAACAUGGAUCAGAUUCGGAAGCAAGCGAGGGCCGUGGAUCGAACAGUAGACGUCGCCAUAGACGCAACAAUCGCUUUAGCGAUGAUGAAGACGACGAUAUAGAUGAUGCCAGCCAGGAUACAGCCAAAAGUCAGCAAUACAAUGAAGGCGGUAAAUCCAGACGCUCUACGGGGAGGAUUGAAGAUGACGAUGAAGAUGAAGAUGUCGAAGACCGGGAAGGCCAUCGAUCUGACAGCCGCGUAAGACGCGAAGAGAGUGGGAGUGAAGACGAUGUGCAAGAGAUGAAGGGUGCAAGCAGGAGGUCCGAGUCUGUCGAAAGUUUUAUCUCUGACGAUGAUGCAGACUCGAGGGCGAAAAAAAGAAAAGAAGGCAAACAGAGAAAAUACGAACAUCGUGAUGACAGAUUAGAUGAAGAGCAUGGAUAUGACAAUGAAUAUGGGAGCUCUCAUUCCAAGGACAGGAUUGAGAAUAGAGUUUCAGUGCAGCUACCAGAUAUUGGAUACCCUUAUAGCUCUGAUAAUAAGAUAUUUUUGUCACGGUUGCCAAAUUUUCUAAACGUAGAUACUAAGCCUUUCGACCCAGACACUUAUGACGACGAACAGGAAAAAAAUGCUGAUGAAUUAGAGAACACACAGCGAAUCAAACUCAAAGUAGAAAACACAAUUCGCUGGCGCUUUAAGGACGGGCAGGAUGACCCCAGUAUUCCAGCCAAAGAGCGUGAGAAGGAAUCUAAUGCACGUUUUGUUCGUUGGUCCGAUGGAUCGAUGUCCCUGGUUCUUGGCGAUGAGAUGUUUCAAGUCACGGCACAAUCCCUUCAUAAUCAGCAUCAAUUUUUGGUUGUACAUCAUCCUUCAGAACUCAUGCUACAGACCCAACAAGUCUUCACAGAUACCUUGACUUUCCAGCCACAGUCCACACAAUCCUUGACUCACCGCAAGCUAACUGCUGCAAUUGCAGGCAAACAUGUCAAGAACGUUAAGACAGUUAUGGUAGCAACAUUGAGCGAUCCCAAAGCCGCAAAGGAAGCGAUUGAGCAGCGCGAGUUGGAGCAAGUUCGCAGUCGUCGUAGGGUUGCUGCAGAGAGAAGUAGGUAUGUAAAGACAAUCGGAAUUCCUGUAGGUGGGCUUGAGGAAAGCGACGGUGAACAUGACGAUGCGGAUGACGAUGAUUUUGAAGCUGAAGAAGAAGCACGACGUGAGAAGAUCAUGUCAAUCAAAAAGGCAGGCUCCGAUAAUUACAAGUCAAGGAGUCGUUAUUCGAGCGGUGAUGAUGAUUCUAUGGAUGAGGAAGAUGAUUAUGACUCACGUAGACGUAGUAAACGAGACAGGAGCCGAGACCGCAGUCGUGACCGUAGUAGAGAUCGCCACCGUCGCCGUAGUCCUAGUAGAAGUAGAAGCAGAAGCAGAAGUCUAAGUCGCAGUCGCAGUCGCAGUCGCAGUCGCAGUCCCGUCCGUCGCCAUCGCGACCGUAGCCGUGACCGCGAGCGGGAUCGUGGCCGGGAUCGUAGCCGCGAACGUAAUCGAAGCUACAGCCGUAGCCCUAGUCGCAGCCCAAGUCGGAGUCGGAGCCGCAGUCGUAGCCCCCAGCAUAAGCGUCAUCAUAGUGAUGAACGUCAUAGACGCGGUCGUAACCGUGACCGUGAUACUGAUUUGGAUGCAGAAGACGAGGACAAGCUUAUGGAGCAUAGAGAAGCUUCAGAAGAAGAUGCUCAGGAGGAUGAGGAGGAGCAAGCCAUUCAUAGACGCCUCAAGAAGAGAAGGGUAGCUCUUGGAAGCGACGAAGAGUAGCUGGUUUUCACAAUGAGAGAGGACUUCAUACAUUCUACAGUGAACAAUAAAUAUGUCG